AUGUCUCCCUCGAGACGUGUCUUACCCGAUCAGGUGCAGCACCCCGACACUAUUGUAUUUACUCCUGCUCGUUUCUGUGUAACCCCGACGGGGAUGAGGUCUGAAGACAAGCUCAAGGUCAAGGAUGGCAAAUCGCGCUGGGUUAACCAGCUCAAAGACUGGUUUAGCAUUGGCGAGCCAUCUUCUCAGGACUGGAAACAGCUGAGGAAGAGAGAGUUCCAUAAACAUGGAAUCGCCAUGAACGACCCCGAAGCAAGCGCAAAGCUGCAUGCACCUAUUGGAGCCAUCCCUGAAGAGGCCAUUAAGCCAUCUAGCGGGCCUGACCCCGAGGUUGUUGCCAAGAAGAAAGCCAGGAAUCACAAGCAACUUCCCCGGACAUAUAAUUACUCUGAGAGAGCUUUAAGUUCCGUUUCUUCUGAGUCUUCCAUGGGAAGCAAGGAGGUCAACCCUAUUGCACCUUGGGCGUAG